AUGGCGGGCUGGAGCGGGGGUAGGCUUUUGAGGUCUUGGUGGCGUUUCUUCGAUAAAUUUGAGACUACUGCCUUCAAGAAUUCUCAGAUACUGACGAAAAGGUCUUUGGCUGUCAAAUCCAUCGGUGUUCCGGCGAUUAUUGCUUCCGCUGCGCUGUGCUACCUCGCCUCAAGAAAGCACUGGUUUGGCGCAGUUCACGCCCUGAAGAAGCAGAAGGAUGUGCUGGAGUCGUCGGCGCUGAAGCUGACGUCCCGCGAGCGGCGCUUCAUCAAAUUCGCCUCCGUGGAGUACAAGGGCCAGCUGUACAUGACCACUCAGGACUUCAUCGAGAGCAUCACUGAGGCCGAGCCCAGACCGCGCCUCAAGCGCCGGAUGCUGCUGCAGCGCGACCUGGACCACUUCUACGCGGUAACGCCGCGCGCCAGCAAGAGCACCACGCACAUGUUCCGGGACCUGCAUGACACGGGGAUUAUAUCGUACACAGAGUAUCUCUUUCUGCUCUCUGUGCUCACAAAGCCCGCCACAGGUUUCCGCAUCGCCUUCAACAUGUUUGACACCGACGGCAACGAGCGGGUGUCCCGAACGGAGUUCCUGGUGAUCUUACGUCUGAUGGCACUAAACAUGCUCGAAGAGCUGCGGGUAACGUUGUCUGACGAGGAGGACUACGUGCGCACGCGCGCCGCCCUGGAGAAGAUCUUCAGCCACGCGAGGAGGGAGCGGCGCGGCUCGAGCACCACCACAGACUCCGAAGGCUUGUAUAAGCUCGACUACGAUCCCCGGGCUCGUGUCAACGUGCUCAGGAGCGGCCGCCCCCCGGCCGGCCCGCUGGACGUCCGCACCAUCGACCGCCGCCUCUUUGGCUCGGACGACGACGUGGAGGAUGACAUCCUGCAGCAGAAGAAGAAGAUCAACACCACCCUACUGGUGCACUUCUUCGGCCCCAAGGGCGACCAUGAGCUGUCGUACGACGAGUUCAAACAGUUCAUGGAGAACCUGCAGGAGGAAGUGCUGGAAAUCGAGUUCCAGGAGUUCGCCAGAGGCUACCACAAGAUCAGCGAGGUCGAGUUUGGCAAGAUCCUGCUGCGAUACACCUAUCUGCGGCCAGACCAGUACGACCUCUACAUCGACCGGCUGGUGGAACGCAUGGAGGAGACGUCGUUGCGAGGCAUCACGUUCGGGGAGUUCAGGGACUUCUGCAACUUCCUCAACCAGCUGGAGGACUUCGCCAUUGCCAUGCGCAUGUACACCAUGGCCGACCAGCCCAUAUCUCAAGACGAGUUCCUUCGGGCCGUCAAGAUCUGUACUGGCAAGUCGCUCUCGGACCACGUGGUCGACACCGUAUUCUGCAUCUUCGACGAGGACGGCGACGGCCAGCUCAGCUACAAGGAGUUCAUCGGCUUCAUGAAGGAGCGUCGGCAGCGCGGCUUCAAGACCACUCCGCGGACCUUCGGCUGGCAGGCGUUCAAGUACUGCGUCAAGCAGGAGAUGCGCACCUCCUCGUGAGCGUGUCGAGCGCGGCGGCGCGCCCCAGUGCGACCGGAGCCGUGACCGUGGCCGGGCGCCGACCGAGCUGGGCCGGCGGCUCGGCGAGCCACUCUGUGCAAUGGCCGGCGAGCGGCGCCCGGCGGCCAGGCCUCGCUGGCCAGUGGUUUUAGUCAUUUGAUGGGACAAUGUCGAGUACUGGUCCAUACAACUGAACACACGGAUGAUGUGCGGUGUUGACGAGUGGUGAAGAAGACGCUAUGAACAAGCGCGAAGCCUGUAACAUCUGCCUCGGUACCUUACGUGGAUGUGCGUGUCCGUGAGACCAUCCCACUGUCCCGGCAGGUGGUAUUUGCGUGUCAGUGUCACCGACAGUCAUUGCCAGCUCCGUUAGUUGUUACUGUUUUCGCCAUGCUUGUCGGGAUGGUCAAGUUGUGUCCCUGUGGUAAUGUCCGUUUGUGCAUGGUGUUUUUGAAUUCUUUUUUUGGUUCGAUCUGGGUGUUUGCAUUACAUAUGAUAGCCACCGCAUAACGUGAUCUUCCCAUGCGCAUGUGCGUGAUAUAUCCUUGUUCGGAGAGACAUUGAUGCUGUCUCUAGCGUGUCCCCGUUUUUGUCCUGGCGUGUGUGGAAAGCUCGCAGUGGUUGAAUCCGCUGACAAAUGUAAACAUUGGUGGGCGGGGUUUGACGCUGACUUUGCUUGCUGAAAAUUAAAUGGCUGCUGCGUCCGUUUCAGCAAUACCCGUUCUGUUAGCGCAAAUAAUGCAUAAUUGCAAGAAACUUCCUC